CUGGUAUCGUUUCUCUCGUUUCUUUUCUUUUUUUUUUUUUUUUUUUUUCAUAGGGCUCCUUACCAACGCAACCUAGGUAGCCUCCUGCCCCCCCCCCAUCCGUCUCACUCAAUUCCUCUUCUCUCCUGUCGGGUACUAUCUGUGCAGUGCUAUAGGUAUGCACAUGCCCUAGGUUCCUUCUAUAGCCCAGGUACCUACCGGGGAACUAGCUAGGCGUUCCUCACCUUCCCUUCCCUCACCUGCAGUGCCCUCCACUGUCCAUCCAUCCCCCCCGGACCGUCACUCACUCGCCUUCACCAGGGUCAUCUCGUUCUCGUGUGCACUUUUCCCUCUUCAAUUCCAUUUCCACCUCUUCUCUCUUCACCUUUUACAGAUCAGGGUUACGUUACGUUCUUGUUCUCAAUCACAUCACAUCUUUAUCUUGUCCAAGGCGACGGUCCCUUUCUAAACCCUCCUUCAGGGCUCAUGCUCUGACACGCCCGCCCACUAUAGAAUUUGGCUUUGGAUCGCAUUGUCGCGUCUCUGCUGUCCUGUCUGUCUGUCUGUCCUGGCCCGCCGACUUCGAGUUGCAAUCUCCACCUUGGCUCGUCGUACUGACGCCUCUCGCCUGCUGCUCGCUACCCUGGCCUCGCCUUGAACGCAAACAAUCGAACACAAUCAUAUUGCCGUCACCGUUGCCCUCUGCUAACCGGGCUCCCAUUAACGGAGACUCGUCGGGCUCACUGUAACCGAUUCGCUUUGGCUGCGACUCGACCGAUACCCUCGAUAUCAACUCGACCUCUAGACAGAUAUGGACGUCCACAACCAGCCGCGUCUACCCCCUCCCAAACCGGUUGGACUUAAUAACAUUCUCAAUAACGACAACGCACCUGUUUCAAUCGUUAACGGCCCGCCUCACAUGCGAGACUCGGGCUUCUACUCCAACGCAGACGCCUCCAACACAUCCGCCGCAUCCUUCAACGUGAAUGGCCUUAGCCCAAGCGGCUCCGGCUAUCAAUCCUCGUCGCACGAGAAGACACCAUCUCCGAUUGCCUCCAACAUGAUUCCCAACGGACUUGUCUCGCCAUCGACUACCAACAUGAGCGUUGCCGCAAUGGUAUCCCCCAGUACUCCCAGCAGUCUCGAUGCACGCCGCGACCGACCCACGUCGAUCGAGUCCAACGGUCUCGGUCCCAACCCUGGCCCUACGAUGGGCGACACCUUGGCGCCUGGUAUGGCAGCAAUGAGAAGGGAGAGUGUUGACAGCCGCAUCAACCAGAACUUUGGCGAUUUGCGCCUGGGAGGCUCUCCUUAUGCAUCUCACAAUCACUCAACUACCUCGAUACAAAACACCCUCCAUAAUCAGCGGAACCCUCAUCAUUUAUCAGUCCAUCGCAUCUCAAACGGCUACCAACCCAGUGCGGAGCGAAACCCUGAGGGCAAGACGGUCAAAACUGCACCGGCCAUCACUGGUCCUGCCACCGGACACAUCGCGCGCGCUGCAGAGCCCACCAAAGGUCAAGCAUGGGCGUUUCCCGAAGAAGAGAUUCAGCGAGUCGGUGGUGCCCCCACGUACACCGACUCGCGGCGUAGCAGUAUCACCGAGUCUAUCGCGAGUAGCCAAUUCACAACAGAGUCUCGCCUACCUCCUGGUCAGAUGAGACUGAACGAGUCCGAGUACUCUCGCAUGUCCAACGCAUCCGACUUUCCGCCUGUUCACCAUCACUCUAUGCAGCAUAAGCAAUUGAGUGACCUCCAGGCCGAAGAAGGGAAUGGUUCAACGGGCUCGCAACCAUAUAGUCGAACACCCGAAUUGAGAGUCAGCCACAAGCUUGCUGAACGGAAAAGACGAACGGAGAUGAAGGAGCUCUUUGAUCAGCUUAGAGAUCUCAUGCCUCAGGAACGAGGUUCCAAAGCCUCCAAGUGGGAAAUUCUAACUAAAGCCAUUGCAGAGCAUCAGAAGCAGCAAGAUAUCAUUCGAGCAUUACAAGAUCACUACAAGUCCAACACGGCCGAGAACGAGAUGCUUCGCCGAGAUGUCCAUGCGCUACGAAUGGAAAACCAACAGCUUCGUUCAGAGCUCAACUCUUCCUCUUCACGCCCUUCAUUAUCUUCAGCAGCAACACCAGCACCACAGGCCGGGACUUAUCAGGCAGACCCUUACCCUAACCCGAACCGACCAGAACUGCCACCCCUCAGGUCGCUCCGUAACAGUAUUCCAAAUGGACCGGACUCUAUGACGGGUGUUCAGUACGACAGUCCUCGUACAAAUGGCUAUCAUUAGACGGGACCAAUCGAAUGUUCCGGGAAAUGAGGCUCAGCGGGGAAUACUUGCCCCCAAAAAACGUCCACCAUCUUAAACCUGUUGGAACUCGAUUAAUGAAUGAAUGACGGCGAAAAGUUAUGACACCGGGAGAGCACAAGGCUGGACUCGACUACUAUUGCUGGGUCACCAGCGAUGCUCUGAGCCACAACACAAGGGCGCCGUGGCAUUAGAUUUGCUUAGCUGCUUCUGUUUUGUUUUGUCUUUUUCGGCAACGCUGCCGCCCAGUGUACCAGUACGGCGAACGGACCGUGAACUGUCACUCUUCUUUGUCAAUUUCUUGUUCAGUACUAGGUCUUUAUCUCAUUAUGUCUUUUCUUUUUCUUUUUCUUUUUUUCCUUCUUCUUCUUCUUCUUCUUCUUCUUCUUUUAUUUAAACAUGCACCACGCUCGACUAAUGAGGUGGCUGUUAGGAGUUUGUUUAGGUUUGGGACAUAUAGGCCACUUAAUGGUACGGUACGGUUAGGUGUGGAUGAUCAGGCAAGGCAAGGCAAGGCAGGGACAAGGAUAAGGAAUAGGUGCAAUGGGGUUGGUUGCAAAGGAUUUCCUCGGUUUUUGGGCUCGGAAGGACAAAGACGUCAUGGAAAAUACGGAGAUGGCGCGAUAGUGUUUCAGGGCGUAUAUACCCAUUUGAAAGGAGGCGAAGCGGACAGGAAGGGUCUGUGCUGUGGAACAAACACGUCGUGGAGGUGAUACAGUUGGAAGACGUUUUGUUCUCUUCUGUGCAAUGGCGUGGUUGUGAGCGUAUCGUAUGGUCUCGGUGUAUCGGGGGAUUGAUGGUAAAAUGCGAGAACAAGAUAUUCAUCUUCACCAAAUCGUGCUUGUGAUUGAUUAUAUUAUGCGAAUUGUGAGAUGAAUGAACAUGCUCUGCCGGUUAUUUGCCAUGUCAUGUUGGAAAGCAGUGGGCAUACCUAGAUCUGAGU